CCUCUCUACCACUCUUCCCGCAAAAAGCCACGAAGAUGGCCGCUCGCCCUUCGCUUCAUCAAAGGCGCAAUCCACAUCGAUGUGGUCCUUCCUGUCUUGCUCCACGCCGCCAUUGCCGCCGUCGUCUGCUACCUCGACGAGAUUAAAGAUGGCCAUCUAGGGAUCCCAAGUAGCGUCAUUCCUAGCCUCUCAAUCGUCGUAGGACUCAUGCUGGUCUUCCGCAACCAAACCUCCUACGACCGAUUCUGGCAAGGCAACCAGCACAUCACCUCUGUCUCCACCUGCAUCCGCAACCUGACGCGCUCCUUCCUGACCUGCUCGUACCGCGAAGGAGGGCCAGCGCCUACGGAAGCGGAACGUGCAGAAACCGAGAGCGUGGUGAGAGUGCUCGUCGGAAUGAUGUACGCCGCCAAGCAUCACCUACGAGCUGAGUGGGGAGCGACCACCCUUCCGAUUCUGAUGCCACAAUCCGAGGUCGUGCGAAGGCGGCGGGAAUCACACUCCAUGGCGAAGCCGGAGUAUGAAGAUCUGCUACCACGCGGCACUCGAGGCUUCGAAGAUCACGGACUCGGACUCUUGCUGCAGCUCAGCAUUCAGGUGGAGCGGUACAUCAAGCGUGGACACGAUAGAGGCUGGUUCCACGCUCCCGCCGCGAGUCAGCUGACAGUUCAGCUGAACACCCUAGUAUCGUCGUAUGGCAGCCUGGAGACGAUUCACUUGACACCGCUGCCAGUUGCAUACCUCAUCCACAUGCGGCAGGUCCUAGGGUUGUUCUGCUGCGUGCUACCGUUUGCGCUCGUGGAGGAGAUGGGUUGGUGGACGAUCAUAUUGACUGCUUUCAUUGCGUUUACGCUCUAUGGUAUUGAUGCCAUUGGGGAACAGCUAGAGGAUCCAUUCGGCUAUGACAGGAAUGAUAUCAAGGUCGAUGCAAUCGUGGAGGAUUUGCGGACCGAGACUACGGUACUGCUUGAGGAGUGGCGACGAGGCAGUGCGGAUAACAUGUUCCCUCAGGGCGAUUCGUAG